AUGCCGCCGUCUACUGUGUUCUCGUAUUGGCGCCGAGACCAUCGACGUUCGGCCGCAUCGCCUGCUUCAAUCCCCGCGCCCUCACCCGUUAAAGGGGCGAAUGGAAGCCCGAUUAGAAGCCCUCCCCAGAUUACAGAGAUUUCGAAUAAACCAACGCUCACCACUACCCUCGACGGUCACUCCUCACCCGAUGGCCCCCACUCAAACCACUCGCCGCUGGACAUCGACUCUUCGAAGCUCAAUAUCAGCUCAUCGGUCGCGCCACUUUCCUCCUCGAUCACUCUUGCUGUUCCAUCGCCGGCAGUCGAAAACGAAAGCCGUCCUCAUUCCAGCCCCGGUGACAGCGGGGAAGAACAGUUCACAACCCAGUCGGAUAAUUCUCAACUGUCAAUGAUGGGUCUACAGUCCGAUCAAGGAGAUGCGGAGUCGAAUUUAAAAUCGAGUUCGCCCUUUAGACGUUCGUUUGGCAAGCAGAAACGGUCACCAACUGCGGCAACGGGGUCAGGUCACUUCCGGUUCAGAUCCUCACCCGACGACUCACCGGCGGAUAAACAAACAAUACCACAGAAGGAUUUCAAGAUGGAUGGUGGUGCAGCUGUUCGGCGCAUCGGAGAUCGUGAUGUGUCCGUAGAACAGUCACAUCACAAAUCGGGUAAGGCGAUGUUCCAUCUCUUGAAUCCGAUGUCUCUUCUUGCGCGCAGGCGCUCCUCGCAGUUGGUUAGCUCCCGCGCAGAAGAUGUCAAAAUCAAGAAUAGGAAUGUUCCUGCUAUGCCAGAUGACUAUGACCCCAGAAUUCGUGGAAAGAUUGUCCAUGACUUCUCUGCGCCCCGGCCUCGCCGCAAUCUUUCGGCUACUCGGCAGGAUACACAUGUGAACGGGCAGGAUGUCUCACCACCACAAAUACCCAGUCAACCGCGUGGGCCCCACUGGAAUGAUCAGGCAAAACGGCACGGUGAUCAUUCGCCUGUUUUUAAGGAACACUUUGAGGACCAGAAUGUUCUACAGGUGGAAAAUAAGGGUUAUCUCCAGUCUUCACUUUUAACAGGCCAACCACAGCCUAGUUGUGAUAGCUCAUUGCCGGUCUUUGCGCGAAACUUGCCUACUCAUCCACCAGAAGGAACUGUAGUUGUUUCAGAGCAGCCCGAGCCUAGAGCGAAGGAAUCUUCCCCAAGCCAACCAAACACAAUCUCUCAUGCUCAUCCUCAGCACCCUCAAGAUCAAGACACGAUUCCUAAUGUACCCUUCAAUCCCUCUGCCUUGCCUAGACAUCUCAAGAGCAAUGCCUCUCGAUUCAGCUUCGAUAUGAUUGGAGUAGCAUCAUCUACACAAGAGAAAAUGCUAGAAGAGAAGCACAAGGCCAAGGAAGCUUCUCGCAGAAUGGAGGAUGGGUAUUUUGAUGACUUCGACGGAGACUUCGACGAGGACUUCGAUGAUGACAUGAUGGACGACCUGGAUGGUCUGGAAGAAAAGAUUCCUGGCGUCAAUGCAGAUGCCGAUGACGAUCUCGAUGAUUUCUCACUUUCGCGAGACAUCAACAAGGCGAAGAGCUGGGCUGUCCCGGCAUUGUCCCCCGUGGUUACUAGCCCGGUCGCCGCUGCAUCGGCAGAACCAACAAAUGCCUCUCACCGUACCUCUCAGCUCUCUGAAGUGACACAACUGGACGAUGUCCCCUCCCAACAACCCCCAGAGAUACAAACGUCUCUGAAUGUCAGGAAUGAGGCAACACCAACCCUUCCGCAGGUUCCGGUUGCGAAACAAGCGGCCUCCAUGGUCGACGACGACGACGAUCUUUAUUUCGAUGACGGCAAUUUCGGAGAUCUCGAUGUGGACGAUCAAGACGGUGGAUUUGAUGAAUCCAUUUUUGAUGACGUAAACAGUCAUUUAUACGAACGAAGACGGGUCGGUGCCCCUGCGGCACCAUUACCAACGGACAGUGCUGUUUCGGGCGAGGAUGACUCCUCGGCAGGGAAAGAAUGCUCCAUGGCAGGAAGGGGGCUCCAAGGUCUGCAACACAUGUCCAGUGUAGCUAGUGACUAUAGGGUCACAGGAUCGGUCAAACGUGGUCCCCUCGGCGAGCCAAUACCAAAUAUGGGCCCUGUCCGUGCCCAUGGUGGCGGUGUACUCACAGAGCAAAAUUUAGAUAUUUUGCACAAUGCUCUAGCCUUUGCAGCCAACGAAGCAUUAUAUAGUGCGCAGGUUGAACGCAACUUCAGCACGAGCGAAGCAUCCCAGGGGCAAUACAGCGCAGCUCAAACAUCGCAGACAACAGACUCGCAACCGGGCCUUGUUUCUGAUAACAGCCGGAUUAGCCAAGCUGCAGAUGCCAUGGCGUUCGAAGAUGUCUUCGACGAUCAGGCCUACGACAACCACUCCUAUGAUGACAACGAUGAUUCGUACUUCGACGACGAAAUCGUUGCUGCUGCUAACGCCGAAGCUCUUGAGAACGAUGAUGAUGGCUUUUACGGCCAAGAGUUCGGCUUUUACGCACAUGCAGAUGGAACUGGCGCCUCUGAGCUAACUAAUGGUGGAUACUUUGGUCCGCGACGGGUUGAAGGCAUCACCCGGAACCACAGCAGCCGUGGCAAAUUCCAGGAGCCCAGCUUGACUCCCAUAACUGAACGAAGUGAAUGGAGUACACGCAACUCUAUGAUCUCGGUCAAGGCUCACGGCGGUACCCAUCCAAAUUCAGCACUAGCGAGCCCUGGACUGGCGCAACUGGUUGACAUGAGCAAUUUGGACGAUGACAUGUCCCUGAGCGCACUCAUGAAGCUACGCCAGGGUGCCUGGGGUGGGAGCAAUGGUAGCCUGCGCAGCAGUGCAGGUAGUCCACCACCACAUACGCUCUCGUCCCCUCAACGUGCAAGCUUGAGUGGUGCUGAAGCAAGCCCAACAGUUUCUGAAGCGAGGCCUUUCAGUCCCGAUGAGACGGUCUCAAAUAAUCUCAGUUAUACCCAUGAUGAGAGCUACCCACGUACUGCUUCGCCGUUGUGA